UGCUGUAUUAUUUUAUGUUUCUAUUCUGGACUAUUCUGCACAUCUUACUGUUUUUGUAAAAUCUUAUUGUUCUGUGAUAUUCAGAAGCUACCUAUGCAGCAAGGAGAAUUGCAAAAGUUUCAGUAAAAAGCUAGUAAAAAGUUAUAACUGAAGAAGCCUUUUGGAUUAGAGGUGAAAGGUCUUCAAGAACCAAAAAGAGAAGUCCAGUUGCUUUGUACUAAAUCUCUUAUUAUGACUGGGAUGACUUGAGAGGCUAACACUUUAUCAAACACAGUGAGAGUUAAGAAAAAUCUCGCAAUGCAAGAUCAGACCGCUGGCAGCUUACAUUACACUGGGGAGUAUUUCUAAGACUAUUUCCUUGUUAAGGGACUUUUGUGGCUAGUGGAGAAAUGUUCAUGCUGUUCAGAUACAGGUAUACAAGGAAUCAACCUGUCUUAUGAUCAUCAUAUGAUUGGAAAGAUAACUUAGGUCAUGGGUCACACAAACGCAUAUCUCUCCACUGAGGACCUGAAAAUACUGACUUGACCUUGUGAACAGAUGUGUAAUAAGUGGUUAUUCUCUGUGUGAACUGGUUGCUUACUUGCUUGUAGUUGACUUUUACUGUUUUUUAAUUUUUUUUUUAAAUUUCCAUUACACGCAGGUGGCAGCAUGCCCCUAAAGAUAUGGUUUCACUUGGUUUCAAGAAAUACAAAUGAGCGAGAUGACACAUGCAGGGACACAGUGCAUCGUUGUUGUAGUUUCCUGAAUGCUGGACAUCUCAGGAGGCAAACCACAGCACGAGAAACCAAGCAGCACUUCUAAGCUGAUGAAGUAAAGGUGGAAAUUUAAUCACUUUGUGUUGCCUUCUUCUCUAAGUGUGUGAUGGAUCGGCCCUUGCUGAGAGGGGAGUCGUCGAGGGGCUGCUGUUCAUACGGCACCCUGAAGGCCUGGCUGCCCAUCCUGUCCUGGCUACCAAAGUACAAGCUGAAAUGGCUGCAGAUGGACGUCCUCGCAGGCCUCACUGUUGGGCUCACAACCGUACCGCAGGCGCUGGCUUAUGCAGAAGUAGCUGGGCUUCCUGUGCAGUACGGACUCUACUCUGCUUUCAUGGGGGGCUUCAUCUACAUGCUACUGGGGACCUCUAAGGACGUGACACUGGGUCCGACGGCCAUCAUGUCCCUCCUGUGCUCCUCUGUGGUGGGGGGGCAGCCUCAGCGAGCCGUGCUGCUCAGCCUCCUCUGUGGACUCAUCCAGGCUGUGAUGGCAUUACUGAGAUUAGGCUUCCUCCUGGACUUCAUCUCUUACCCUGUAAUAAAAGGUUUCACUUGUGCUGCUGCAGUCACCAUUGGCUUUGGCCAGGUCAAAAAUAUUCUGGGACUGCGGGGCAUUCCUCAGGAGUUUUUCCUGGAGGUUUACUACACCUUCUACAAGAUCCCAGAGGCCAGAAUAGGUGACGUGGUCCUGGGGCUGCUUUGUCUCUUUCUGCUGAUCAUGUUGGUGUUCAUGAAGGCGAGUCUCGAGUCCAACGAUGCAGACGAUGCCUCCACCUCCUCCAGAGUCGCCAGGAAACUAGUGUGGACUGUUGCUACCAUGCGUAACGCCCUGGUGGUUGUGGCUGCAUCCCUCAUAGCAUUUUCCUGGGAUGCUUACGGUCAUAAAGUGUUCACAAUCACUGGGCAAACUAGCAAAGGACUCCCCCCAUUCCGACCUCCACCCACGUCAGACACCACAGCCAACGGCACUGUUGUCCCCUUUGGAGAGAUUGUAAAGGACUUUGGAGGAGGGCUCGCUGUGAUCCCCUUCAUGGGCUUGAUAGAGAGUAUUGCUAUCGCCAAAGCUUUUGCCAGUCAGAACAACUACAGGAUCGAUGCCAACCAGGAGCUGCUGGCAAUUGGUGUGACCAACAUCAUGGGCUCCUUUGUGUCGGCUUACCCUGUUACUGGCAGCUUCGGGAGGACAGCAGUGAACUCUCAGACAGGCGUUUGCACUCCAGCUGGAGGGAUCGUCACCAGUGUGAUAGUGCUGCUUUCCUUGGCUUUCCUCAUGCCGGCCUUCUACUACAUCCCCAAAGCUUCCCUCGCUGCUGUCAUCAUCUGUGCGGUAGCUCCGAUGGUGGAUUUCCACGUUGUGGCUAAGAUGUGGAAGAUACGCAAGUGGGACCUGCUGCCUUUCGUUGUGACGUUCCUGAUGAGCUUCUGGCAGGUGCAGUACGGCAUCAUAGGAGGCAUAGCUGUUUCUGGAGCCCUGCUGCUGUACAACACGGCCAGACCACAGAUUAAGGUGUCUGAUCACAACGUCCUGGUGAUGGAGUUGAGCAGUGGCCUCAGUUUUCCCGCCACAGAGUACCUCAGCCACAUCAUACACACUCAGGCUCUGCAGGUGUCUCCUCCGCGGUCUGUGGUCCUGGACUGCCAUCAUGUGAGCAUCAUAGAUUACACAGUAAUCAACGAGCUUAGCGACCUGCUGAGGCAGUUCAAGUUACGACAAGUGCAACUGGUCUUUUCUGGAUUGCGGCCCUCGGUUCUGAAGGUUCUCCUAGCCGCUGAUCUGCAGGGCUUUAGGUAUAGAGACAGCGUGGAGGAAGCGACACAGAUGGAGUCGAGAAACCUCAUCGAUGACUGACACCAAAACUGUCCAAUCACAGAGAGGCGUUUGAGCCUGGGCAGAAGGAGUGUGGAUCAACAACACUGAUCAGUGACGUCUUUUAUCUGGGAUUAUUAGGGUGUUAUGAAAUUACAAACUACCUCCAAUGUGUCAGUGGCUGAGGCAAGUCCCCCUUUUCCUAUUGAAGCAGAGAGUUGCACUUAACGUUGUAUCUGCUAAACCUUGACUCUGGAAAUCAUUGUGAAUUCCAAGAGAUGACAACACUACUAAACCAUUGCACAACACCAUCGGACCACAGGUGAAGUACUGCUUUGUAUGUGCAGUAUAAUAUAUAAAUAAUGUCAUAUAAAUAUACAGUAUAUGAAAUUACCGGUGAAGGACAAUAGAAUUUUUUUUUAUGUUGGCAAAGAAGUGCUGCACAGGUAAAAAAAAAUUUGGACAAUGUUUUUUUAUUUUUACUAAUUUUGUACAUAUAUGUGAUUCUUAGUUAAUUAUAUUCAUAACCCAAAUAACCCAACAAGGUUUUUAGUGAAUAAAACAUUUAUGUUCUUAUUUGAA